AUGAAACAUUGUGCUGCAAAGUAUGUCAUUUUGCUUGCUACUUACCAAUCUCAAAUUCUCCAUAUCGAAGGUCCCUGCAAAGGAGGAGUCAACGACAGUAAAAUGCUGAAAGAGAGCGGCAUUAUGGAAAAACUCAAGGCAAACAACAAAGUUUGUAUUGUUGACCGUGGUUUUCAUAUGACGGAAAAAGAAUUUGAGGCCUGCUUAUCGUUCCCAGACCUUAUGGACAGCAAAGAGUUGCACUCUCACAAGACACGAGCAAGAUUGCGCCAAGAAACAUUCAAUGCUCGCUUGAAGGCAUUUGCUGUUCUUUGCCACACUUUCCCAGGUAGCUUCGAAAAGCACAGUUUGGUCUUAAAGGCUGUUGCAAUCACUAUACAAUACCAAAUGGACCAUGGGUCCCCAUUGUAUGAAGUCUAG